AUGUAUGAAACAGUGGCCGAGGAAGGUCAAUUAGAGAUCGGAGUUGAGCAGUGUGGAGGUCGUGGAGAGGGUAAUCAAGACCAGCUUCAUCUCUUGGUAACGAGGUCAGUUCGCCGCUGCGCAGGAAACAAGGAACGGAAGCAGAAAGCGGAAGCCUACCUGAAGGUGAUCCAGCACCGUAGAGUUCUCGUCUAUGUAUGGACGGACGUGUAG